AUUCCUGGACUACGGCGCGGGAGAGGGGGUAGGAGGGCCCUUGAAGGGUGCGCGUUCCCGUGGCGGUGCACCGGGUAGGUUUCAGUCAGAGUCACUAUGGCGGCCGGCGCUGGCAAGGUCGGAAAGUUUCCUGCCUCGUCGGGCGCAGCUUGAGCUUGCCCCAUCGACCGCGAUCGGUGGAGGCUGCGGCGGACCCAGCCCGGGGCCUCCAGGCCUCUCCCCAACCUCCGGGCCAGUCUCCCUCCCCCACCUUCUCGUCCGCUGGGAGCUGCGGCUGCCGUCCCUGAGAUGCGACCCUCGCGGGGGCGACCCUGAGGGGAGGCGGCCCAUGUGCUGAGCGGCGGACAGGAGCCCAGGCGUCCGGGGACCAACUUCCUGCCGCCUGGGAACCCGCGCCUCCCGGUGUCGCGCCUCGCUCGGUCAGCACCGGCCUGCGGAGCCGGGUCCCCGCCCUGGUCGCGGGGACGCUCGCCAGGUGCCCGGGAGUCCCGACUCGGCUACUGCCCGCGCCCUGCCGGCCUCCACGCCUCGCGCGGAGGACCUCAGCCACCGCCGCCUCGGAUCGUGCGAGGCCGGGGACCGCGUCCCCCUUCCCGGGGCGGCCUCCGCGCAGCAGGGGCGAUGCAGACUGUCCCGCCGGCCGUCUAGAGCCUCUACACUGCGGGCAAGGACGGGCGGUGACUGCCCAGAGGUGCCCGGCCACACCUUCCUUCGGCCCAAAAGGACUUUCCUGGCCGCGCGGAACCAACCCUUCCUUCAUGCUGCAGUGCUGCAACGUUUCCGCCACCGAGGGGGAAAAGCGGCCGCGAUCUCAAACCAAACACAAGAAUUGGCGUGUGACUCAUCUGCUUGGAUACCUCCAGUCCCCAAACUGUGUUCCAGAAGUUUUCUUGGCGGAAGCUGCCCGAUGUUUGAGCCUUUUCUUCCCAGAGAAGAAGAUGGACUGAAAGCUGCCAGUUGGGGACUUUUUGUGAUCAGGGCGCUGCUGGGUUUUAAAGGAGGUGAUGGGGCUUGCGCUGGCUUGUCUUCCUACCCAAGUGAAGAGUUGAUGUUCACUGGUUAUGCUUAGACAAUGUGCAGUUUGUGUUAAUUUAAAAUUUUGGGUGGGAUAGGGGGACAGGCUUGUGAAGGGCAGUCCGGAUCCAGAGGAACUCCUCUUUGUUCCUGGUAGGAGAGACACCCCCAGUCUAUCCUCGAUGCCGUCAGCCUUGGCCAUCUUCACUUGCCGCCCGAACUCGCACCCGUUUCAGGAGCGUCAUGUCUACCUGGACGAGCCCAUCAAAAUCGGCCGCUCAGUGGCCCGCUGUCGACCAGCGCAGAAUAAUGCCACUUUUGAUUGCAAAGUGCUGUCAAGGAACCACGCUCUCGUCUGGUUUGAUCACAAGACGGGCAAGUUUUAUCUUCAAGACACUAAAAGUAGUAAUGGUACUUUUAUAAAUAGCCAGAGAUUGAGUCGAGGCUCUGAAGAAAGUCCACCAUGUGAAAUUCUUUCCGGUGACAUUAUCCAGUUUGGGGUAGACGUGACAGAGAAUACACGGAAAGUUACCCAUGGGUGUAUUGUUUCCACAAUAAAACUUUUUCUACCAGAUGGUAUGGAAGCCCGGCUCCGCUCAGAUGUCAUCCAUGCACCAUUACCAAGUCCUGUUGACAAAGUUGCUGCUAACACUCCAAGUAUGUACUCUCAGGAACUAUUCCAGCUUUCUCAGUAUCUACAGGAGGCCUUACAUCGGGAACAAAUGUUGGAACAGAAGUUAGCCACGCUUCAGCGGCUACUAGCCAUCACCCAAGAGGCUUCAGAUACCAGUUGGCAGGCUUUAAUAGAUGAAGAUAGACUCUUAUCACGGUUAGAAGUUAUGGGAAACCAAUUACAGGCAUGCUCCAAAAAUCAAACAGAAGAUAGUUUACGAAAGGAACUUAUAGCAUUACAAGAGGAUAAACAUAACUAUGAGACAACAGCCAAAGAGUCCCUGAGGCGGGUUCUUCAGGAGAAAAUUGAAGUGGUUAGAAAACUUUCAGAAGUUGAGCGAAGUCUGAGUAAUACUGAAGAUGAAUGUACCCAUCUGAAAGAAAUGAAUGAAAGGACUCAGGAAGAAUUAAGAGAAUUAGCCAAUAAAUAUAAUGGAGCAGUUAAUGAGAUUAAAGAUUUAUCUGAUAAAUUAAAGGUAGCAGAGGGAAAACAAGAGGAAAUCCAACAGAAAGGACAGGCUGAGAAAAAAGAAUUACAACAUAAAAUAGAUGAAAUGGAAGAAAAAGAACAGGAGCUCCAGGCAAAAAUAGAAGCUUUGCAAGCUGAUAAUGAUUUCACCAAUGAAAGGCUAACAGCUUUACAAGUACGGUUAGAACAUCUUCAGGAGAAAGCUCUUAAAGAAUGCAGCAGCUUAGGGAUACAAGUUGAUGACUUCUUACCUAAAAUAAAUGGGAGCACAGAAAAAGAGCACUUGCUUUCAAAGAGUGGCGGGGACUGCACUUUUAUUCAUCAAUUCAUAGAAUGCCAGAAGAAGCUGAUCGUCGAAGGGCAUCUAACCAAAGCGGUAGAAGAAACAAAGCUUUCAAAAGAAAAUCAGACAAGAGCGAAAGAAUCUGAUUUAUCAGAUACUCUGAGUCCAAGCAAGGAAAAAAGCAGUGACGACACUACAGACGCCCAGAUGGAUGAACAAGACCUAAAUGAGCCUCUUGCCAAAGUGUCCCUUUUAAAAGAUGACUUGCAGGGUGCGCAGUCAGAAAUUGAGGCAAAGCAAGAAAUACAGCAUCUUCGAAAGGAAUUGAUCGAAGCCCAGGAGCUAGCUAGAACAAGUAAACAAAAAUGCUUUGAACUUCAAGCUCUUUUGGAAGAAGAAAGAAAAGCCUAUCGAAAUCAAGUUGAGGAAUCCACUAAACAAAUACAGGUUCUUCAAGCCCAGUUGCAGAGGUUACACAUCGAUAUUGAGAAUCUCCGGGAGGAGAAGGACAGUGAAAUCACAAGUACUAGAGAUGAAUUGCUUAGUGCCCGAGAUGAAAUUUUGCUCCUUCAUCAAGCAGCAGAAAAGGCUGCCUCUGAGCGGGACACUGACAUUGCUUCUUUACAACAAGAGCUUAAGAAGGUGAGAGCUGAGCUUGAGCGGUGGCGGAAAGCAGCGUCUGAAUAUGAGAAAGAAAUCACAAGUCUGCAAAACAGUUUUCAGCUUAGAUGUCAACAGUGUGAGGACCAGCAGAGAGAGGAAGCAACAAGGUUGCAAGGUGAACUAGAGAAGUUGAGAAAGGAAUGGAAUGCAUUGGAAACUGAAUGCCAUUCUCUAAAAAGGGAAAAUGUUUUGCUAUCAUCAGAACUGCAACGGCAAGAAAAAGAAUUGCACAAUUCUCAGAAGCAGAGUUUAGAGCUUACCAGUGAUCUCAGCAUCCUUCAAAUGUCUAGGAAAGAACUUGAGAAUCAAGUCGGAUCCUUAAAAGAACAGCAUCUUCGGGAUUCAGCUGACUUAAAAACUCUUCUCAGUAAGGCUGAAAACCAAGCAAAGGAUGUACAGAAAGAGUAUGAAAAGACACAGACUGUACUCUCAGAACUGAAGUUGAAGUUUGAAAUGACUGAGCAGGAAAAGCAGUCAAUCACAGAUGAGCUCAAACAGUGUAAAAACAACCUGAAGCUGCUCCGAGAGAAAGGAAAUAAUCCUUCCAUAUUACAACCCGUCCCAGCCGUAUUCAUCGGCCUAUUCCUGGCUUUCCUGUUUUGGUGUUUCGGUCCAUUGUGGUAGAGAAAGAAACCCUGGCCCUGGAUGCCCAUGUUGGCUGCCCUGGUUGCAGUAACAGCCAUCGUGCUGUACGUGCCAGGUCUGGCCAGAGCUUCUCCAUGAGAGCGUUCCUUGAGUCCGUACACCGUCCUCCCUCUAGAAGCUGGCAUCACACUCAUGCUGGGGACAAACAGAACCAUUUUCUUCCUCUUUACCUCUUAAAACAGCAGAAGUACAAGAAUACAGCUGUAGGGUCAUUGCUUUAAAUUAUAUAAAAUGUAUCUGUCUAUAAAGAAGAUAUAAAAUUGUGACUUUAUUCUACUGUAAGCAAUAAUUUGCUUGCAAUUUUUCAUGUAAUUUUUAAAUUAGUAUGUUGAGAUUCUGAAUAUUAUGGUGGCCUAAAGUAGGCUUCUUGGUACACCAGAUUAUUUAUAACAUUAAAUUUAUGAGUAUUUUACUCUGAAUUCUGAUGACCAGAUAAUUCAUUUUUCUGAUUCGAUAACUACCCAAACCAAACAACCAAUACAUACAUGGGAAGAGAGGCCCUGUGUGCUCAGUGCCUAUCAGUUUGAAAUAUAUACACAUAUAUAUAUAUUUUUUACAUAUUUACGCCAUUUUUACUCAUUAUAAAACCACUGAGCUAUUGGGAACAAGACCUAGAGACAACUAUUUGCGUGGAUUUUUUUUUUUUUAAGGAAAAAUACAUUUGGAAAAUAAACUGUUAUGGUGAUAAUUUGGGGAAUAUGUGCACGCUUGUUCAGCCUUAAUGUGACUUGAAGAUGUGGAGGACAUCAACUUUAAAAAACUUUCCAUGAGAGUGUGUAUUUUCUUGAGCAAACUGAAGAAUUUCUGGGAGCAAAAACGUAGUAAUUAUACAAUUUCAGUGCAGUCAACCAAACUGUUGAGUCAAUUGGAAUGUAAUUUAUUAAACCUCAUGUAUUUAAAGAGAUAUUUUUCUUUAAAAGCCAAGUUACUUUCUCAUAUACAGCAUUUUAGGAAGCAUGAUUUUUUUUUCUGUCAUCUAUUCCUCCAAGCAUGUUUAAUUGAAGAAAGUAUUAAUAUCUCUUUAGAUAAGCUUGUAUUGACCUAAUUUGGUUUAUGAUGUGUCAGAGCUAAUUCAUGUUCAGGGUGAGCUGUUGUACCUACCAACAGAUUUCCUGGUUGGGUAUGCAAAUGGUUAUUUUCUUUUUAUUGUUGUUAAUUGGGACUUUUUGUUAAUGAAAUGCACUAUUCCCAAGAUAUAGUGUUCUAUGCACAAUGAAGCACCUAAAAACACUGCUUGAUGUUAUAAAUUUAAAACACAAGUGAAAGUUUAGCCAUGGUUUUGUGUGGCAUCAUAGUUAUGUCAAUAAAGUUUAUUUAGGUCUUAGAAUAUCCUAAAAUAUCACAUAGUUAAAUUUUUCAGUCAGUGAAGACCGGGAGGGAAUGUCAGUGAAUUGGCUUGAAUGUUCUGUGGCAAUCCACAGGUCUAGUCAAAUAUUGAAAUAGGAGUUUAGGGUAUAAUUUGCCUUGUGAUGUUUGGCAGUCACUGUUUAUACUUUAAAGGUUAUAUUUUAAGCUGUUUGGGAUUGCUGUUGGGAGGAUCACUAGAUUUAUGGAGGAAUUAGUCACAAAUGACUUGUAGAAAAUACUGUCAUAUAGUUCAUUUCAUCAUUUUCUGUUGCAGGAAGCCACUCCACCACAGAAUGCUAAUAUGCCAGUGGUACCCAGUACCUCUUGUAUAUAGGUUAUUGCAAAUAUUGUUCUGAAAUGCUUAACUUCAGAAUUACAUUUUUUAAAGUAAAUAAUUGUUUUAAAUCUAUUUUGUAAAGAUAUAAACUACAAUAGAAUUUCUGGAGUACAGAUUAAACUAUUUGCACUAACAUACGUGAUGUGCAUGAUUUAAUAAAAUAACUUUACUCUCCCUA